ACUCCUUCUCAUCACCCAACCCAAACCAGAACCAACCAACACCAUGGUCCAAUCCUGCUGUGGCUCUGUGUCCUCUGGCUGUUGCCAGCCCAGCUGUUGUCUGACCAGCUGCUGCCAGCCCAUCUGUUGCCAGACUACCUGUUGCCAGCCUAGCUGUUGCCAGUCUAGCUGCUGCCAGCCCAGCUGUUGCCAGUCUAGCUGCUGCCAGCCCAGCUGUUGCCAGUCUAGCUGCUGCCAGCCCUGCUGCCCACCCAGGUGCUGCCUGCCAUUCUCUUGCCAAACCACCGUGUGCCGCCCAGUGACCUGCGUGCCCAGGUGCAGUCGCCCCAUCUGUGACACUUGCUGCCGCCCUCGCUGCUGUGACCCCUGCUGCCUGCAGGAGGGCUGCUGCCGCCCCAUUGCCUGCUGCCCCACCUCCUGCACAGCUGUGGUCUGCAGACCCUGCUGCUGGGCUUCCACCUGCUGCCAUCCUAUUAAUGUGCAGUCUCCUUGCUGCAGACCCCCUUGCUGCCAGCCAGCCCCCUGCCGCACCACCUGCCGCUCCACCUGCUGCCCUACCUGCUGCAGAAAGGGGCAUCUAGAACUGAAAAACCAACUCCUCCUUACCAUCCAAACCAAACUAACCAACAACACCAUGGUCCAAUCCUGCUGUGGCUCUGCCUCCUCCUGCUGUUGCCAGCCUAGCUGUUGCCAGUCUAGCUGCUGCCAGCCCAGCUGUUGCCAGUCUAGCUGCUGCCAGCCCUGCUGCCCACCCAGGUGCUGCCUGCCAUUCUCUUGCCAAACCACUGUGUGCCGCCCAGUGACCUGUGUGCCCAGGUGCAGUCGCCCCAUCUGUGACACUUGCUGCCGCCCUCGCUGCUGUGACCCCUGCUGCCUGCAGGAGGGCUGCUGCCGUCCCAUUGCCUGCUGCCCCACCUCCUGCACAGCUGUGGUCUGCAGACCCUGCUGCUGGGCUUCCACCUGCUGCCAUCCUAUUAAUGUGCAGUCUCCUUGCUGCAGACCCCCUUGCUGCCAGCCAGCCCCCUGCCGCACCACCUGCCGCUCCACCUGCUGCCCUACCUGCUGUUGAGCUACACAAGCUACUGAUAAAAGACAACCAUUUUUCCCUACAAGGCCACCACUAUCCUCUAGUAUGAGCCACAGCAUGUGGUUUCUUGAGAAGCAGCUCAUCUAUUGACCAUCUCCCAAGAACCAACCCAACUACAAAGGGAAUAGUUCCUUUUUCCCCUUCAAACCAUAACAGAUGACUACCAACUUGAGAUCUGGUUGGGGAAAUGGUCAAAGAAAUUUCUAACAUUUUUCACCAUAUUUACUGGUGUUGUAUUAGGAAACCUGUCUUGUUAGCAAGUAAAGAAGAUUUCUUCUUUUACCUAAUAGACUUGAUUUCUUCAUGAGUGGGUGAUGCUCUAGCCCACUGACCCACCCUGCCUUUCCUUUUAUUAGCAUGUCUCUUAAAUUCUGAUGCUUCUCUGUUUUCCAAUAAACUUGAUGUUUCCAGCAUAGAAAUAGUAUUAUUUUUAUUCUUUUCAUUCUGGUGGGGGCCCAUAAAUGAAUAGAAAGAGUACUUCACAUGUAAUUCUAACUUUG